AUGGCUUGCGCAGACUGCUUCCGCGGCAACAUUCACAACGGCAAGCCCAAGGGCGAGGUUGGCCACGUCCACGGCCUUCCCACGUACAUUUCCCGGCCGCCCCAAGGCACCCCGUCGCGGGGCGUCGUCGUCGUCAUCCCAGACGCCUUUGGCUGGGAGUUUGGCAACAAUCGUCUGCUGGCGGAUACAUAUGCCGAAAAGGGCGGCUUUACCGUCUAUCUCCCCGACUUUAUGAAUGGUAUGUUGUCAUACAUACAAACCGCCCGCUGUGUCACCGUGGCUGACUGGGACAAAGGCCAUGCGGCUCCCCUGCGAAUGUUUGAUCAUGGCCGCGCCUUUUCGACCUCGCCCAACAUCCUGACCAAAAUCUACCACCUCUUUUGGGCCGUCCUCGACGUCAUCCCCUUCUUCUACCACUGCAACCCCAGCAGCACCUUCCCCGUCGUCAAGGGCUUCUUCACGCAGCUGCGCAAGGACGAGGGCGCGACGCAGUCGGUCGGCGCCGCGGGCUUCUGCUGGGGCGGCAAGCACGUCGUGUUGCUGAGCCAGGGCCACGCCGCCGUCGACGGCCGGCCGCUGCUCGACGCCGGCUUCACGGCGCACCCGAGCAUGCUGCGCAUCCCGAGCGACAUUGCCAAGAUCCGGCGCCCCGUCUCGUUUGCCCUCGCCGCCAAGGACGACCAGAUCCCCGCGGCCAAGGCGGCGCGCCUCAAGGCGCUCGUCGAGGCCCUGCCGGCGCCCGCGACCGGCGAGGCGUACGUCUUUGAGCGGACCGGCCACGGCUUCGCGGUCCGCGCCGACUUGGCUGAGGAUGAUGUGGCGGCGCAGGCGGCGAGGGCUGAGGACCAAUGCAUUGACUGGUUCAACAAGCACUUUUAA